UUAACGGAGAUGCUGUUGCUCAUUGCUGACUCAUAGUAUCAUAAUUCAUAGAAACUCAUAUACAUUCACCUCUCCCCCUCCCUCUUCCUCUGCUGCUUCGACUCACUUUUUUUUUUCUCGGUUUCGAUUUGGCAGCAAAGCAAUGACGGACACGACGGACGAUAUAGCGGAGGAAAUCUCAUUUCAGAGCUUCGAGGAUGACUGUAAGCUGCUGGGGAAUCUGCUCAACGAUGUCUUGCAGAGAGAAGUAGGCGGCCAGUUUAUGGACAAGCUCGAGAGGAAUCGGCUCCUCGCUCAGAGUGCUUCUAAUAUGCGGUUGUCCGGGAUAGAGGAUAUGGCAGAGUUGCUAGAGAAGCAGCUAGCAUCUGAGAUAUCGAAGAUGACAUUAGAGGAAGCCUUGACAUUGGCUCGUGCUUUUAGCCAUUACCUCAAUUUGAUGGGAAUUGCUGAGACCCAUCACAGGGUUCGUAAGGGGAGAAAUGUUACACAUCUAUCAAGAUCUUGUGAUGACAUUUUCAACCAGUUGGUUCAGGGUGGCAUUUCUCCAAAUGACCUUUAUAACACUGUUUGCAAGCAGGAGGUUGAGAUUGUUCUUACUGCACAUCCCACCCAAAUUAACCGACGUACCUUACAAUAUAAACAUAUAAGAAUUGCUCAUCUGUUAGAAUACAAUGACCGACCUGAUCUUGGUCAUGAAGAUCGAGAAAUGCUAAUUGAAGAUCUGAUGAGAGAGAUAACAUCUAUAUGGCAGACUGAUGAACUUAGACGCCACAAACCUACUCCUGUAGAUGAAGCCAGGGCUGGUUUGAACAUUGUGGAGCAAUCCCUUUGGAAAGCUAUACCUCAUUACUUACGUCGUGUUAGCAAUGCUCUAAAGAAACAUACAGGAAAGCCACUUCCACUAACAUGCACCCCAAUAAAGUUUGGUUCUUGGAUGGGGGGGGAUAGGGAUGGAAAUCCUAAUGUCACAGCAAAGGUAACGAGGGAUGUCUCACUUUUGUCUAGGUGGAUGGCCAUUGAUCUGUACAUCCGUGAAGUUGAUAGCCUUAGAUUUGAACUAUCCAUGAACCAAUGCAAUGAUAGGUUAUCCAGAUUGGCUCAUGAAAUUCUAGAAAAAGGUGUGGGCUGUUUGGCAGAAACCUCAUCGGAGGACCUGCAUGAGAGUCGGAACCAAUCUUUAAGCCGAAGUCAAUUCAAGCUUCAUGGCCAACAAGCUCCAUCCCUUCCUACCCAACUUCCAGCUAGAGCAGAUCUACCCGCCUGCACUGAUUACAAUGAUGGUGGAUCUCAGUAUCCAAAACUAGAAUUCCCCAGGACUGAUUACAUGCCAUUAAGUCGUCAGGAUGGUCAGGGCUCUUCUAGUUCAGAAAUUUCAUCGAAGGAUUCUAGUGAAAAUCUACGCAAAUUAUUGGCAAAUGGAAGUGUUUCUAACUCCAACGGGUCACAAUCAGCUGUCACGCCACGGGGUUCUUUCUCCUCUGGUCAGCUUCUAGCUCAGAGGAAAUUAUUUGCAGAAUCUCAGAUAGGAAGGUCCAGCUUCCAUAAGCUUCUUGAGCCAAGUUCGUCUCUACGUCCUGGAAUUGCUCCCUAUCGAAUCGUUCUUGGAGAUGUCAAGGAAAAGCUCAUGAAAACACGAAGACGGCUGGAACUUCUUCUGGAGGAUCUUCCCUGUGAAUAUGAUCCUUGGGAUUACUAUGAAACAACAGAUCAACUUCUGGAACCGCUGCUUCUAUGUUAUGAGUCUCUGCAAUCAUGCGGGGCCGGGAUAUUAGCGGAUGGUCGGCUUGCUGACCUGAUUCGGAGAGUUGUCGCCUUUGGAAUGGUGUUAAUGAAGCUUGAUUUGCGUCAGGAAUCUGGUAGGCACGCUGAAACACUUGAUGCAAUUACCAGAUAUUUGGAUAUGGGUACUUAUAGUGAGUGGGAUGAAGAAAAGAAACUUGAGUUUUUGACAAAAGAGCUAAAGGGGAAGCGACCACUAGUUCCUCCUACUAUAGAGGUUGCUCCUGAUGUUAAAGAAGUGUUAGAUACCUUCCGCGUUGCUGCCGAACUAGGAAGUGAUUCUCUUGGAGCAUAUGUGAUAUCUAUGGCAUCCAAUGCAAGCGAUGUCCUUGCUGUGGAGCUUCUGCAGAAAGAUGCUCGACUUGCUGUUAGCGGGGAAUUAGGGAGACCAUGUCCUGGUGGAACGUUGCGUGUGGUUCCCCUGUUUGAAACUGUAAAGGACCUCAGAGGAGCAGGUUCAGUGAUCAGAAAAUUAUUAUCAAUUGACUGGUAUCGGGAGCACAUUAUAAAGAACCAUAAUGGGCAUCAAGAAGUGAUGGUUGGAUAUUCUGAUUCGGGUAAAGAUGCUGGGCGCUUCACUGCUGCAUGGGAGCUUUACAAAGCCCAAGAGGAUGUUGUUGCUGCUUGCAAUGAGUUUGGAAUCAAAGUUACUCUUUUCCAUGGCCGAGGAGGGAGUAUUGGUCGUGGUGGUGGUCCAACAUACCUUGCCAUUCAGUCCCAACCACCUGGUUCUGUAAUGGGCACACUUCGCUCGACAGAGCAAGGGGAGAUGGUGCAGGCGAAAUUUGGUUUGCCACAGACUGCCAUUAGACAGCUAGAAAUAUACACAACUGCUGUGCUCCUCGCAACUCUGCGUCCCCCGCAACCACCUCGAGAACAAAAAUGGUGUAAUCUCAUGGAGGAGAUCUCAAAAAUCAGUUGCCAGAAUUACCGAAGCACAGUGUAUGAAAAUCCAGAUUUCCUUGCCUACUUCCAUGAGGCUACACCCCAGGCUGAACUGGGCUUUCUUAACAUAGGAAGCCGCCCUACAAGAAGAAAGGCCUCAACAGGAAUCGGACAUCUUCGAGCUAUUCCAUGGGUAUUUGCAUGGACCCAGACCAGAUUUGUUCUUCCAGCUUGGCUUGGUGUUGGAGCUGGUUUAAAGGGUGUUUGUGAGAAGGGUCACACAGAGGACUUGAAAGCCAUGUACAAAGAAUGGCCAUUUUUCCAAUCUACAAUCGACCUUAUAGAGAUGGUUUUAGGAAAGGCCGAUUUUCCAAUAGCCAAGCAUUACGAUGAAGUGCUAGUGUCUGAGAGCAGGCGGGAACUGGGUGCGGAACUUAGGAGGGAGCUGAUGAUGACAGAAAAGUAUGUAUUGGUGGUUAGUGGACAUGAGAAACUAUCUGAGAACAAUCGAAGCUUGAGAAGGCUGAUAGAGAGCAGGCUCCCGUAUCUCAACCCCAUGAACAUGUUGCAAGUGGAGGUUCUUAGGAGGCUUAGAUGUGAUGAUGAUAACAAACAACUUAGAGAUGCAUUGCAAAUUACUAUAAAUGGAAUUGCAGCAGGGAUGAGGAACACCGGUUAAGUUAACUCUCAUGAGUAGUAGUAAUCUUUUGUCUUGGUAGCUGAGUUAAUGACUGUACUUGGGGCUAUGUUUUUGUGAAAACUAAAUUCAGAUAGCAACGUGCUUUUGGUCAGUGCAACGGUGAACGCUUUCCCACCUUUCAGUUUGAAUCUCUAUCAUAUAGUUUAUGCCAGAGUUGCUUUA